CCCCAGCCGCCGCUGUCGCCGCCGCCGCCUCCUCCUUCUCUUACUCCGCCGCCGCCGCCGCCGCCGCCGCCUGGCCGAAGGGAAGCCCUGCGCGCGCAGCCCCGACUCUUCCUCCCGGCACUGGCCGAAAGGGCUCGACGGCGGCGGCGGCGGCGGCAGCAGCAGCAGACGCCGAAGAGGAGGCGGCGGUCCCGGGUGGACACGGCUUCCCGCUGCCGCCGCCGCCUCUGGACAGCCGCUCCGACGCGCCUGCCCGGCAGAGCGCGCCCCGCCGACCUCUCCCCUCCGCCCCUGCCGAAGGGGCCGAGGAGCUGGCCAGCAGCAGCAGCAGCAGGAGCAGCAGCAGCAGGCCUCGGUUCGGGGGCGCCUCACUUUCCCCGGCUUCGACUCCUCCGUCUCUGGCCGAGGGGCACCCCCGAGCCCCCCGCAUGGAGAAGCGGGGCAAGAGAGUGGACUGUCCGGCGUUGCCCCCCGGGUGGAAGAAAGAGGAGGUCAUCCGCAAAUCGGGGCUGAGCGCCGGGAAGAGCGAUGUCUACUACUUCAGUCCAAGUGGGAAGAAGUUCCGAAGCAAGCCCCAGUUGGCCAGAUACUUGGGGAACACGGUUGACCUCAGCAGCUUCGACUUCAGGACAGGGAAGAUGAUGCCAAGUAAAUUGCAGAAGAACAAACAGAAAUUAAGGAACGAUUCACUCAAUCAAAACAAGGGUAAACCAGAUUUAAACACAACGUUGCCAAUCAGACAAACAGCUUCUAUUUUUAAACAGCCUGUAACCAAAGUUACAAACCAUCCUAACAACAAAGUGAAGUCUGACCCACAAAGAGUGAUCGAACAGCCCAGACAGGUAAUGUGGGUUGGGUGGCGAUAG